CGGGAUUCCCAAUUGUACUGCGGCGCAUUCCGGAGUUCGUGCUGCUGGCGCUCCGCUCAGGCGCCUUCCAGGAGGGAUUUAGAGCCAGCGCUAGGGCAACUCGGCCGGGUUCACGCCCCUCACCUGCGAGCCAGAUCCCCGGACCCGCCAGCAGAGAUCCCAGUACUGGGUUGUUCCAUUGUGUUCACAUAGGUGAAUCCGCGCAGCAGCGUUAACUAAGAAAAAUGGGGAAACAGAACAGCAAACUUGCUCCUGAAGUAAUGGAGGAUCUUGUGAAGAGCACAGAGUUUAAUGAGCACGAGCUUAAACAGUGGUACAAAGGGUUCUUGAAGGACUGUCCAAGUGGCCGGCUGAACCUGGACGAAUUCCAGCAGCUCUAUGUAAAGUUUUUCCCAUAUGGAGAUGCAUCAAAGUUUGCCCAGCACGCUUUCAGAACCUUUGAUAAAAACGGCGACGGGACGAUCGAUUUCAGAGAGUUCAUCUGUGCUCUUUCCAUCACCUCAAGGGGAAGCUUUGAACAAAAACUUAACUGGGCAUUCAACAUGUACGAUCUUGACGGCGACGGUAAAAUUACAAGAGUGGAAAUGUUGGAAAUCAUAGAGGCUAUUUAUAAAAUGGUGGGCACGGUGAUCAUGAUGAAAAUGAAUGAAGACGGCCUGACACCCGAGCAAAGGGUAGACAAGAUCUUCAGCAAGAUGGAUAAGAACAAUGACGACCAGAUCACACUGGACGAAUUCAAAGAAGCGGCAAAGAGCGACCCUUCCAUUGUAUUACUGCUGCAGUGUGACAUUCAGAAAUGAGCCGCAUACGGACUGCACACAAGUUUCAAUGUUCCAUUCAGUUUGCAGCUAUUUCCACGACGAUAAAAAAAAAAACCGACAAAACCCGAAAAAUAACAAAACAACAAAAAAAAAUUUAAUUGCUUGGACUACCUAUAAAUGGACUUGCUUCUUGUGUUUGAAACACUCUUGUGCAUGAGAAUGUCAUUUGCUAAGGAAUUUUAAAAAGUAUAUAACAUAUA